UGCACCCUUACCAACGCGAGGACGCCGUCAACUCCCUCGCCUACGAGGCCGACAUGCGCCUCCGCGAUCCCGUCUACGGCUGCGUCGGCGUCAUCUCCCUCCUCCAGCGCCAGCUUCGCCAGCUCCGUGUCGACCUGUCCGCCGCCAUGUCCGAGCUCUCCAAGUACCAGUCCGCCGCCACCGGGCAUGGGCUCAUCGAUGUCAACUAUCUUACGAUGCCGAGGCACUACGAAGAAGAUCCGGCAGCGAAGCUGGCCGCCGAUGGAUCAUACGACACCGGACUUGCUAGCGUCAUGAAGCCAAGCACGGCCAGCGGCGACGAUAGCCCAGCCAUUAAACCUCUGUACGUGGAUCUCAUGCAUGCCAAAUGCUGCCUUUUCUGCUGAUCCAUCUCUGCUUUCACUGCACUUCAGGUUAAGAUUUGGAGAAUGGCUAAUUGAUGGAGAUAAUGAGAUAUAAACAUAUAUAGAGGGAGAUAAUGACUCUCGGAUUUCUCGUCCUCUUCUUGUGUUGAAGUCAUGCAGCAGUUGUGGAUUCUGUAGUUCCCGUAGACUUCAUUGUAUGAGUUCACCGGCUUUACUAUUCAGCUUUUAAUACACACUCUGAUAUGAGUACUUAUUGUUUGCAAGUUAUU